UCGUGUCAUACGUUUGUACGGUAUUAUGAUGCGUUUUCUGUGUAACAUGUAAGUGAUUUGAUGGUGGAGACAGGAAAUCACGGAAAGACGCAUAUUGAGUGUGUGGAUUAGGAGAGCACUCAUGGACUCCAAGGGAACCAGUUGGCUGAAAAAAGAGAAGAACGAAGUAUAUGCUGAACCAGGCUCCUUCGUUCAGUUACACACAUCUACCAUGAAAUUAAAAGAAGAAUUGGAUGAGAAAGUGAACCAACAGUUUCUUGAAGGUCCGCUAAAGAUUGUAAUGCCUAGUCUCCAUAUAAAGCAAGACCUAGAACUAAAACAGGAGGAUGGCAUUGAGCGUGAUUGUCUUGAAGAUAAUUUGGUAAUCUCUCAGCCAAAUGAUUUUAUCAAGGAGGAUCCUGAACUAAAUUUGGAGGUGGCAGCCUCAAUAAGAAAUGCAUCUGAUAGUUUAAGUUUCAUUCAAAGUGCUGGUGACAGCUGUAACGUUUCGUACCAAGAAGCAUUUCAUCAAGGACUAGUCGAUGACGAUCAGGAGAUAGAUACAGAGAUGUCAACAGAUUUCACGGGCCGCUCUGAAAAUAAGAAGGAAAACGGCUGCGGUCAAGGCGAGAGGCGCCGCGCUUCCUGUGGUUUCGCUCAACCGGCGGAGAGACUUCCUGCGCGCUCGUCGCUGUACUGGGACUGCUCUGCGUGCGACGCGCGCUGCGUGUGUCGCCACCUCAGUCAGCCUCGACAGCCGACGACGCGUCCAGCGGGCGUAGCUGCGUCGCCGCUGGCUCUGCUGGCAUCAAGCGGGGCGUCCGUGCUGGACUGCGUCUGCAGCCACGUCGGCCGCGGUGAGGGAGAGGUGUUUUCCGGCAGCUGUCAGCGCAGGGACCUCGACACCCCUAGCAUCGCGGUGCCGGUUGUGGCGCGCCUGGCACAGAGCAGCUGGUGUCACGGACCACCGUCGCCUGCAGAGGGAGACCAGCAGCCCAGAGACGAGGAGGGGCGCGGCGGCGCCCUGGUGGCUGUUCGCGGCAUCGUCUGCACCUCUGGCUGGGGACUCGGCGGUGGCCUCGCGUGCCUCGUCGCUGCCGACUGCACCAACCCCUGCUCCGUGCACGGCUGCGGCCGACGUGCCUGCAGACGCAAUCCAGCACGGAGGCCCCGUUUGAUGCAAGCAGAGCCAGCGGCGACGCAGCUACGCCCGCUGGACGCGUCGUCGGCUGUCGAGGCUGACUGAGGUGGCGACACACGCAGCGCGCGUCGCACGGAGAACAGUCCCAGUACAGCGACGGGCGUAGCGGAAGCCUUUCCGCAGGAUGAAUAAACCACCGGAUCUCAGCCUCAUUCAUUUUUCCUUUCAGAAUGACCUGCUGCCAACACACAGUCGUAACAGAAAAUUAUUCGUUAGUUUUAUGUGUACUUACUUAUACUCUACGCUUUCAGAACGACAACGACUUUAAGUAAAAGUUUUGUGGACCAUGUCCAGAAAUUCUGGUUUACUAUUCCGAUACCAAAAUCGUCAGGCCAGCCCUUCCUUCGCAUGAGCCGAAGGAUUAGGACCACUGCCCAGCGCGAGACAGAAUGCCAGGAGGAGGGGCUGUGGGAACGUGACGCGGUAAGGAGUGUGCAGAGUCGCAGCAGAGAAGAAUGUGGAGUAAUUCUAGAAAUGGCCAGGGCUGCAAAGUGGGAAAACAGUUGACACAUGCGACUCUGACAAAGCACAGAAUGUUAUUAUCCGAUGCAUGGGAAUGAAACUGUUUGGAGGACAGAGAAACUACAGGAAGGAGAGAAGGGGUUGGUAGGGGACGCCCUAUCGCAGGUUGUGGAGGUCAAAAUCUUGCCCGCUGUGUAGUGUAGAAUUGGCGGUGAUCUGUGGCCAACCUGACGGCAGAGCACAACCCUGGUGCUGACGACCCUGACCUGUUACCGUGGUGACACGACGACAUCGUCAGCUGCGACUGCAGAGAGUACACCGAGUUUGGACAGUAGAUCAAUGGAAAGCCGUCUCCAGAUAAACAGAUUUGUUUGAUACACCAGAUCGGUGGUCGUGUUGCUGAUAGGCCAUCAUCCACGCGAGCAGCUGCAGCAGACCUCAGACGUGAGUCGGUGGGGAAAGUGUUAUGCUGUGUGGGACAUCCAUCUGGGCGUCCUCGAGACCUGAGGCAGUAUUUCAGGGCAUCAUGAAAGCUGUUCACUUGGGCAACAUUACUGCGGACCACCAGCACCCACUCAUGAAUGGUGUUUCCUUAACAGCAAUACCAUCUUCCAGCCGAACAACUGUCUAUGCACAAUGCUGAAAUUAUCCUAUAGUGAUUUCUCUGCUCUCAUCCCGAUGCUUCGCAUCUCUGAAGCUAUUGGGUCUCAGGCCAACCCCCACAAAUAACUGGCCCAUAAUUUACAUUUAUUGCGUGACCUGUGCGUAUAUGUCUGCCGCUGUACACCUCCGUAAACCUACCGUGGGUUUGUCGAAAACAUGCCAUCCUGAAUGCCGGCUGUAUUGCGUUCCACAGAUGGACCAACACACCAUGUGUCUCAUACAUUUACACAUAGUUAAAAUAUUUGAUCGGCUUGCUUACGAUUUCGUGGGAUUUGGAUUCUAUAACACCAACACUUCAUGCUACUCAUCAUUUUCACUAGUUCAUAAAUAAUGUUUUAUUUCUAUUUUCCACAUAAUUUGUUAAUAUUUAUGUUAACUUGUAAUUUAGCAUUUAAUAUGUACAUUUCCUGUAUGUGAAUUGUAAACUGUGACAUAUUGUAUAGUGUAUAUAUUAUUCGUCCGUUUUGUUACAGUCCUAGAUACAAUUUUUUUUCUCAAACUGAAUCAAUAGAUACGAGUUGCUGUUUUUUCGAGUCGUACGAUACCAUUUUUGUUUUCAUUUGUGCAGUGCCUCAUUUUUUGCACAUGAACCUGGGUUUUUAUUGUACUCAUCCAUUAACUCUGGUUUUUAUCCUAUGUCACAUUUAUAAGAAUAUUCGGUAUGCUUUCUAUGUAAAAGUAUGGGCAGCCUAGAAAUCCAGCAAAGCUGGUAAUAUUAACGAACGACAAUGAAUGAGAUGUUACAUCUCGUAAACUGAAAACAAUUUAAUGAAAUAAAUUAUUGUAUGAACUCUAAUUUCGUUGAGACCAUCACAAAAUCACAGAGAAUAUUUUGUUUUAGUGACUGAACAUAUACACUGAAGAGCCAAAGAAACUUGUACACCCGACAAAUACAUCGUGUAGGGCCCCCGCGAGCACACACAAGUGCGGCAGCAAGGCGUGGCAUGGCCUGGACUAAUGCGUGAAAUAGUGGUGGAGGGAACUCAAAUCAUGGGUCCUGCAUCGCAGUCGAUAAAUCCGUAAGAG